GACCACAAGGACGGCAAGGACGACGACCCCAUGCACGGGGUCGACAUGACGCCCUGGCUCUACGUGCGGACGUUCCUCCUGAUGGUCGUCCUCGGGUGGACCGUUCAGCUCUCUGGCCGCAUCGUGGAGUGUGUCAUGGGCGAGCGCAUGCUGAUGGUCAACCCGGGCGCGCCGCCGUGGUCGCGCGUCGGGCAGUGGUACGGCUGGGAGUUCGGGCCGAUCACCUCCAAGCAUUACGCGCACGUCACCCCGAUGCAGGGCCACUUCAACUACCAGCAUGGCUGGGGCCCGCAGGGCCAGCAGGAGAUCUGGUCUUCGGACAUGUUCGGCUUCCACCCCGAGGCCGACAUGUGGUGGGCCGAGCCCCUUCCGGAGGAGGGCGAGGAGCUGCCCGCGCAGCUGACCCUUGACAGCCUCGUCGGCGCCGCGGGCUACGGCGAGAACCACUGGCGCAAUUGGGCGAAGUACGUCGAGGACGGGAGUGGUGAGCCGUUCCAGUUCCACAGCCAGGAGGCUUGGGACGAGGCGGUGGCCGAGGUACGCGGCGGCGGCCACCGCCGCCUCCGCGGCGAGGAGGCGGUGAUCAAGGUGCAGCGCCCCGUGGUGCCCGUCCCGGUGCAGUGGUCCAGGCUGCUGGACCGGAGCUGCUCGCGUGCGGCCCGGGCGGCGGCGCAGCCGGGGCGGUUGUGGCGAUCUCGUCCGCGGGCCUCGGAGGCCUCGUGCCCGCGGAGGUCGCCACGGGGCGUGCGGCGGGCGCCGCCAAGAGCUUCGCCCUCGAGGGCCUCGUCGAGCACGGCAUGGCCACGGGCCUGUCUUGGGCGAAGGCGGCCCUCCGCGUCGUCACCGGCUCGGGGUCGAUCGCGACCUGCCCCCUGGCGAACCACAUGGGCGGAAGCUCCCGCUGCUCGCUCCUGGACGUCCCCGCGCUGCCGUUCGGGUUCGACCCGCACGUGCGG